ACAAUAUUUCCAAUUUUCAACUGAAAAUUUAAUAAUAUAUAUAUUAAAAUUUCUAGUACAAUAUAGUAUGCCUAUUGCUUAUUCCAAAUUCUUAUUUCCAUAUUUUGCUGUUCCCAAUAUGAUUUAUUAUGUUGUUUAGUGUCUAUAUUUAAAUGUAAAAAUAUUAAAUUAUUAUAUAAAAUUUGUAUUUUUAAAUUAUAUUAUUAAUAUAAAAUUACCACGAUCAGAGUUUCUAUAGUGUUAUGCUGCCAUGCUGACAUUUUAUAAAACUUAUUAAACGAAGACGCUGAAAUAUUAUGCUGAGUUCUACACAUAACAACGUUGAUACUGGAAAAUGGCAAGAAAUUGUAUUGAAUGAAAUCCAUUCUGACCAUGAAAAUUGUUCAGACAAUGAACUACCUCUUUCAUCAAUAGUCACUACUAAUAAAAUUGAUACCAAAAAAUGGCAAGAUAUUAUAUUGGAUAAUAUUCAAUCUAACAUGGAAAAUGACUCAGAAAAUAAUUUGUCUCUAUUAUCAAUACCCAUGAUUAAUGAUGAUCUUACAAAUACAAAACAUCAAGAUAUUAAUUUGGGUGAUAUUCAAUCUGACAUUGAAAAUUACUCAGAUAAUGAACUACCUCUUUCAUCAAUAGCAAAUGUAUUGCCUCCAAUCGAUAGUUGUAAUGUCUUAAAAAGUCAAAAAAAUAUAAAAUCUGAUUCAAUCAGUUUCCAAUCCAAGACAAACAUUAACCAUAAUAUAUCUGACUCAAGUCACAUAUCCAUCAAAGAACAAAGUAAAAUAGAUACGCCAAUGAAAAAGUAUGGAUGUGAUGUUUGUGGGAAAAUAUUCCAUAGGCGUGUUGAGAUUAUUGAACACUUUAGAACCAGUUUAUGCUUUCCAGAAAGUCCUUCUAAUCUUGAACUCAACAGCCCUACUUAUAAUUGCAAUUCUGAAAAUCCAAUAUUAUGCUUCAAAAAAAUAAGUUGUUUAAAAAUUAAUAAUACAGAAGAUAUGAUCAAGUGCAGAAUUUGUCAAAAUGUAAUCAGAAAUGACGAUGUUAUAUUACAGCGUCAAAUAUUUUAUACUAACUUGUGUAAUAUAUGUUCGGUGAGAAAUAGUAUUAUAUGUGCAAAUACUCGCCACCUUAAAGAAGAGUAUACAUGGAAAUGUAAAACUUGUGGUCAGUCAUUUACUUCAUUGUCUGGAAUAAAAGAACACAUAUGCUUUUUUCCAAAGAAUAAACUGUUCAAUUGUUAUAAAUGUCAUAAAUCCUAUAAAAACUUGAAUUCUCUUGAAAAACAUAAAACUUUUCAUUCAUUGCAUUGCAAUAUAUGUUUUAAAGAAUUCUUUAAACAGUCAUCUUUAAGAUAUCAUAAAAAAAGACACUAUUUAAGAAGUAGCUACCAAUACAAUAAUCGUUUAGAGUUCUUAGAUUAUAGUGGGUUGAAGCUUACUAAAAGAAUCCUCAGUUCAUCUCAAAAUUAUGAAUGUUCAAGAUGUUCAAAAGUAUUUCAUAAACGUUCAGAAAUAAUAUGUCAUAUUCUGGAAAAUCAUCAACUUGAAUAUUCCAAAUAUAGCUGUGAUGAAUGUACAAAUGUAUGUGAUUCUUCACAGGACUAUAUUUUAUGUUUUAGAAAAAAGUAUUUCAAAUGUGAUGUGUGUCCCCUAUCAUUCACUACAGAGCAUAGACUGCAACAGCAUUAUGGAUGGCAUCUUGGUAUAAAUAAAUUUAAAUGUGAAUUCUGUCCUAAGACAUUUACAAAUUUAUCUCUUUAUUUAUCCCAUGAAAAAACUCACACUGUAGAAAGACCGUUCAGGUGUAGUUUUUGUGGUCAAUGGUUUCCAGAGACAUCAAAUUUAAAUAUUCAUAUAAAACCCUUCAAGCAUUUUGUAUGUAAUAUUUGUCAAAAAUCGUAUACUCAGAUGUCAUCAUUAUUAUUCCAUAAAAAAAUUCAUGCUAAAAAAAAAUGUCGAGUAAAUAAGAGCUGUAAUCAACUGUCAACUAUGGAAAUACAUUCAAGACGACCAAGUACUAGAAGCAAACAUUUUAAGUGUAAUGUAUGUGCGAAAUCAUUCUUUCAUUCUUAUUCAUUAAGAACUCAUCUAAAAACUCAUCAAAAACACAAGAGACCACAAAAAAAUUCUAUGCGCAUUAAAUGUGAUUUAUGCCAAAAACUAUUUUAUGACAAGAAUAUUUUACUCGCUCAUAGAUGUAAGUCAUUGACAUGUACUUAUUGUCUAAAAAUAUUUAACAAUAGUUCUUCACUUAAAAGACACUACAAAAAUAUGCAUAAAAAAAAUAAUAAACUCUUUGACUGUGAUAUCUGUAAAAUAUCCUUUAUGUGUUCAACUAGUCUUAAUGAACAUAGAAAAAAUCACACUCAGUUUGAAAAUAACACACCUCUUAAAUUGAAUGUCAACAACGAUAUAAAUACAAUAAAUGAAGAAUUUAGAUGUGAUCUUUGUAUGAAAAGUUUUGAUAAUCAAUCACAAAUAUUUGCUCAUAUUGUGGAAACUCAUUAUUAGGUUUAUUAGGUUAAAUAUUAUGAAUAUAUUAGUAUAUAAAUAAACAUGUUUGUAAAAAAAUUAAACUCUGAUGAUGUAAUCAACUGUCAUAAUAAUAUUAAGAUUUAAGAAGGCACAAACACCUUUUUAUUGUCUAUUUGUAAUAUUACUAGUAAAAUUUUUUUUUUGUAUGCAUUAUACUGAUUGAAAUAAAAGAAAAAAUCUAUAGAAUAGAAUUAAAAUAUAAGAUUUCCAUUUGCCUUCAAUAUUAUGUGUCAUUAUAUUAUAAUUUGCUUGUUCAAAAAUAUUAAAUAAUAUAACCAGAUUCAAACCAACUAAUCAAAUCUAUUGUAAGUAAGUCAAUCGAUCAUAAACUGGCCGUGACAAUUUCAUUUUUUAUGUAAUAAUAAAAAUAAUAUACUCAAAGGUUUAAGUUAGGUUAUCUACCUAAUAGUUAUGGUUUAUGAAGGAAUUACAUGAAGUAUCCACUGUUAAAUAUCAAUUUUCUAAGCUACUUUAUUGUAAUAUUUUGUUGACAACAAAUUGAUGCUUUCAUAGCAGAUUAGUCAGAAAAACAAAAUUUAAUAAUGUAUUAAUUAUGUAUUGAUUGUAUUAAGGUAAAAUAUAAUAUGUGCUGUAAUUAAUUUAAACUCUGUGACCCAACUGUUUUAGGAAAUUCAAUAUAUGAUAUGAUUAAACAAAAAAAGUUGUAAAUUAAAUGUAUUCAUUGUAUAUGACAUUUUCAUGUUUGUAUAUUAUGUAUUAAAUUUUUAGAUCAUUAUUACUACUGAUCAAUCACAAAUAUCAGUAAAACAAUGCGUUUAAAUGAAUUAUGUUAUGUAUCAAAAGAAUGCUUCAAAUCGCAAUGGAGAAAUAAACUCCCAUUAGAGAAACAAACUAUGUCCACAAUUGGGUUGAUUACGUAUAAUAAUAAAUGAUCCAUGGUUACAGACUUAUCAGUCAUCAAACUUAUGUUGCCUCCUAGGUCCUUCUGUUAACUACAGCUACACCCUUAUAGGCUAGUAGAUAUUGAUGAGUACCAAAAUACAGUAAUAUAUUUUAUUUGAAUUGAAUAAGUAAGCAGUCCACGUAUAAUAUAAUUUUUAUUAACAAUUCAACACCAGAUUAAUUCUAAAUACACUUAGAUAAAUUUUAAGUUUUUGCCUUGUUUCUUUAUAUCUUAAUCUUACCUUGUACUUACCCCAGUUGUAACCAUAAAUAUAUCAAACCCAGUUAAAUGUCAUAUUUAGUCUGGUUGAUAAUGGAAAAUUAACAUUGCACACAUCAGAGCCAGUAAUAAUGGUUGAUCAAUAGGCUGAGUAAACUACGGCCUAGGGCGCCAAUCGGACAAUGUUAAAUUGGAGGCGCCACAAAAUACCCCUCCACUACUCAAAUCAUUCGUAGGGGCACCAAAUCAACCCUAGCCUACUGGCGGCCGACUUCUUAAUCAGACCCAGUUUGUAUUUUAAAGUUUAUUGUUUUUUGUUAAUUUAUAUUAAUAAGCAAUGACAUCUUAAUCAUUAGCACACUAGGUUCAGUGCUAACUAUAUUAAGUGAAAGGACACACAUGGACUUGGUAUACUGAGCAGUUAGCAUUUACAAUAUUUUUUUAAAAAUGUGAGAGAUAAAAACUUUAUGUUUUUGAUAUUUGUAAGUUGCUAAAUGAACAAGUUAUGACUUAUGUGGAAUCUUCUACUACAUUUUCAAGAUUUUUGACCAAAAACAUUUUUUUUUAUUAACGUUUAUUAAAAAUAAAUGUACGAUUCAGAUGACUUACAAAUAGACUAAAAGGAGAAAAAUAUUUAGAGAACUAUAUCAAGUGUUAACAAAUUAAAUAUGAAAGUUUGGUAAAUAUGUAAAUUUCCUAUGGUUGUUCUGUAAUGAACUACAACAAAAAACAAAUUGUGAACCAUUGUUUAGUAAAUAUUGCAAUAUUUCUGAUGCUUUCUUUAGUACUUAUUGUUGUCAUCUCAUCGCCAUAUUUUAUAAUAAUUAUUACAUUAUGUACAUGCAACUAUACAGCUAUACUAUCCUAACCAAUAUAAAUGACAAAUUCGAAAUAUUAUAAGUUUAAUUAUUAUACAAUUUAGGUGUAUUAUUUUGUGUUUAAUUUUAAAAUUAAUCAGUGUUUCUGACCAAAAACUUUGGCCAGCUACACAAGGAAUAAGAAGCCAGGUUCGACCUCAUGUCCGUAAGAAACAACCUACGGCUUGAAAUAAGGCAGUCAUUGAGAGGAUAGCAGGCUGGCUAUGAAAAAAAACUGCAAACCAAAGAGAGCUAGGAUGCAGUGACUGUCUGCCACCAGUAAGAACUAGACGAUAGAAGAUAGACCAAGGAGGAACUUUAGCAAAGAAGGAGCAAGUAACACAAUGUGGAUUAGUUAACUAAAUCAAAUGUAUUGUAGCAACCAGAAGGACAAAUUCCUAACUUCCAACCCAACGACAUACCCUAUCUAGUUUUAAGGAUUAGUUGUUAAGGAAGUUAAGAAUUUGUCCUUCUGGCUGUAAUAACCAUAAUAUACCUUCCACACAGGUUAUUUAUGUAGUAUUUUAAAGGUCUUAGAAACUUAUAACCUGUGGUUUUUAUUUAUUUACAAUAGUAACAAAGUUAGUCUAACUAACAGAGUAUAGCGUAUACAAAGGUUUAUGCAUGUUUGAAAUAAUAACCAACACCUAAGAGUAACCUUGUUCUUGAAGGUAGCAUAUUGUUACAAUUUGUGUUGUAUAUACACAAUAUUUUUAAUUUUUGUGGGGUGUAUUAUUUAAAUACAAGAUAUUUUGAAUUUACAUGUAUGUGUGUAUUAUGUGAACACAAAUUUUUGACUUGGCAUUUGAAAGUGUGCAAGAUAUUUUUUAUACUAUAUUUUAAGAAAACAAAUGAUAUACCUAAAAGCAAAUCAAUGGUAAAAUGUCUAAAAUAUACCACACACCUUUUCUUUAAACAUGUUAUAUAUUAUAUAAGAAAUGGCCACUGAGUGUUUAAUACUACUGUAUACAAAUAUAAAUAUUUUAGGUCUAUAAUAAUCAUAAUAGUUCUUCUAUUAGUAUGUAAUUUUAAUGUUUGUACAAACAUUUAAUCUAGUAUAAUUCUAACAAACUACCUACAUUACCUAAUACCUAUUCUAACAUCACUAAAACAAAAAUUAGGUUCCAUAAGUCUAUACAAGAAAAAUUUUUAAUUUCUGAAAAAAUAAAUGACUCAUAUGUACAAUAAAACAAAUACGAAACUUGCUUAAAGAAUAAUCCACAUUUAUAGUAAUAGGGGACUAAUUAAUUUUAAGUAACAAAAAUUAUGCAAAGGAAUAAUUUAUUCGAUGUAUUCAGAAUCACUAUUACAUGUUUAAGCAAAAUAUUUGAUCAAAAUAUGUUACAAAAAUAAAAUGUAUUAUCAGUUAAUUCAAAAAAACUUUGGAUUUAACUAAAAAAUAUUGAUCACCAUCAAAAAAAAA